AUGCCAACCUCAGAAGUCAGAAACUCGGCUUUCCGCAUAAUCCCUGAUAAAUAUAAUCUGCUGCCUUCUUUGUUUUUGACUAACAUCAAUUCAGGGGCUGUUGAAUCACUUGAGCUUGGGUGUUUUAACAUCAAUUCAGGGGCUGUUGAAUCACUUGAGCUUGAUUCAUUUGGUAUUGCAAUUAUCCCGUCAAGUUUGGUGAGUACAUAUGCUUUGUUUGUCAAGGAUGUGCUUGAAGUUGUAUCUGAUGCGGUCAUUGUGCAUGAAGCUGCAGCGUCUUGCAUAUACAGGCUAACCAAGGGUUUCUUGGACAACGAAAACGCUGCAACUUCCAUAGAUGACAUUGAAGAUUACUCUGACUUUGAAAGACCUGUAGAAUCUGAUAAGCGCUCAAGAAGAAGUUCUGGUAACCAGAAGUUCCGUUCUCAGAAAAGUAAGACCGAUGAUGAGUGGGAGCCGGAGCUCCCAAUGGAUUACUCAACAAAUACUUAUUUUCCCAUUGCCCCUUUCAAGAAUUAUAUCUUAGUAUUGUUACAUUAAAUAAUCAUUUUACCCUUUUGCUAUUGGUUGGAAGCUGAUAAGGUGAUAGCUUUUUGGAACUA